CACCUCCUAGAAGUAUCCAAGGGUUUAACCCACUCUCUGAAAUUUGCUAUAAAUACUCAGCAAUUUCCCGUGCUGUUCAUCAAUACUUAAAGAGUUUGAAUCUUAUCAAUCACAUUAGUAGCAAUGGCAGACGAGAUUAUCUUGUUGGAUUUCUGGCCUAGCAUGUUUGGUAUGAGGGUCAGACUUGCCCUGGCAGAGAAGGGUCUCAAGUAUGAAUAUAGAGAGGAGGACCUGUGGAAGAAGAGCCCUUUGCUUCUUGAGAUGAACCCAGUUCAUAAGAAAAUCCCAGUUCUGAUCCACAAUGGAAAGCCCAUUUGUGAGUCUCUGAUAAUAGUUCAGUAUAUUGAUGAGGUUUGGUGCGAUAAAUCUCCGCUUUUGCCUAGUGACCCAUACCAGAGAGCUCAGGCCAGGUUCUGGGCGGACUACAUAGACAAGAAGGUAUGCCUUUGCUGUUGAUUGAAAGCAUUCUUUUCCAUUUAUUCAUGGCGAUUGACUCAGAUUUUGAUUAUGGCGAGGGAGUUGUCCAAAAUGCUGGGUUUCUUCACACGUUCCCUUCUGAUAUUGAGUUUUGUGGGCUUUGUGAUGCGACUCAUGGUAGCUUAGCUUUAAAGGCGUAUCAACAAAAUUUAUACCUUGAAUACUAUUACUAAAGUAGCCAAGCUACUAUAGCAUAGUGGUUCUAGGAUCGUUCACUGGGAAGGGUUUUCGCAAACACUAGUGAUAUUCAAAUUAGGAAAAUAGGUGAUUUUCUUAUGGAUGUUAGCUUUAAAAGAAGAUGUAAAUGUUUUAGAAAGAUUUAAACUAAUCUAAGCUAACAUUAAAGACUAAAAUGAAAGGGUGUAAAAACAAGUUUCUCAAAGAUAGGAGAGCUAUGCUCUGGCUCUUAUGCAAAUUGGAAAUCUUAGGAUAGGCUCCUCGAGUUGGGGUUGCAACUAUGGUGAUGCUUGCUUCCCGAACCGGUAUGGAUUUAGCAAAUCAAGUUUUAAUCCUUUAAAAUGGCAAAACAGAUGGUAGUGAAUUUCAUCAAUUGUUAUUCACCUUAGACUUCCUUUGAAUGGCUCGUAAGAGAUAACUAAUGGUCUAAAGCCAAAAGCUUACCAAAUAUUGGCAACUCAAAGUCAUUCCAAGUGAUAAACUCACCUUUCAAUGGCCAUUGAAAUUGGUUCUAACGGAUUAAUGCAAAACUUGGAAUUGAAAACCUCACCUUCCAAUAGCUCGUAGGAGAUAACUAAUGGAUAGAAAUCCAAAAGCUUAUCAAGUAUUGGCCGUUGGAAGUUGUCCAAAGGAAAUAAAAACCAAACUUUGCAUUAAUUAACCUUUAAUGAAAAACGACUACCUUACCUUCCGGGUGCGAGAAAUUUCCAUGUGAUUGCAUCCAAGUCAUCACAUAACAUCCAUACUUUGAGAAACUAAAAGUUUUAGCCAAUCAUCCUCUGAGGAAAAGCCCUCAGAGGCUGUUUGGCUUCCAAGAAAAUAAAAUAGCAAAGAGAAAAGAGAAACGAGAGAGCUCUGUAUAUAUUCUCAGUGUAAAACGUAACACGCAUGGGUUAUGCGAAUUUUGAAGGUGUUAUGCGAAAUUUUCGCAUAACCUGGAGCAGUUGGCUUUCGAAGGCCAUAUCUUCCUCAUUUCAGCUCCAAAUCGUACACGGUUUGAAGCGUUGGAUUCUUGACUUCCAGAGCUUUGAAAUGGUAUAUAUUAUGUAAAAAAUGGACUUCGGGAAGUACUCCAAAAGUGCGAAAGAAGAUUGCAGCUGCUGUCCUCUUUACUUCUCUUCA